AUGAUCUCGCCAGUGGAUAUUGUAACGAAUCUAGCCCUUUCAGUGGCGAUUCUGUUCGUCUCUCGCUUCCUUUGGAACUAUAUUCGCUCCCCGUUGAAGUCCUUCCCGGGCCCUGCUAGUGCCAGUUUCACUAAUAUCUGGCGACUGCAAGAUGUCUUCAAGGGACGCUGUGAUAUCACGCAUAAUGAGCUGCACCGCAAGUACGGACCUGCUGUGAGAAUGGGUCCGAAUGUUCUGAGUCUCUCUGAUCCGGGCUUGAUCAGCCAAGUUUACAACACCAAGAAUCCAUGGAUGAAGAGUGACAUGUAUAACGCCAAUGAUGUCGUCGUUGGGGGAGUUCGUUUGAAGAAUCUCUUCUCGAACCAAGAUGAAAAGUGGCACUCGGUAUACAUCCGUCCGAUUAAGAAUCUGUACUCUAUGAGUCGGGUUCAAGAAGUCGAGCAGAAUGUGGACAUCACGAUCAAUUUGCUGCUUGAUAAGCUCCGUGCCAAUUUCGUUCGUACUGGCAAGCCCUGUGAAAUGACCGAAUGGAUCAACUACUUUGCUUGGGAUUGUAUGAGCCAGGCCACCUUCUCUCAAGAUCUCGGAAUCCUCGAAGCAGGCAGUGAUCACCAAGGAUUCGUGGGAAGAUCAAACAAAACCCUCGACUACUUCGCUUCAAUCUGCCAAAUCCCCCUACUAGACAUGGUCUUCGACAAAAACCCAAUCAUGCGUAUCGGACCCCCCGGCUUCGCCUGGGCAAACAUCUUCAGCGUCGAACAGCUCCAAAAACGCUACCAACAAGGCGAAACAACCCAAAAUAACGACUUCCUUUCCCGGUUCCUUGAGAUCAAAAAGAAAAACCCAGAGCUAGUCGACGACAACACUGUAAUCCUCUACCUCCUCUCUAACGUCCUCGCCGGUAGCGAAUCAACAGGAGCAUCCAUGUGCGCUGUAAUCUACUACGUCCUCAAGAACCCAGACGUAUAUAACAAGCUCCGCGCUGAGCUUCGCGGCGCGAAUCUCUCCCUCCCGGCAAAGUGGAAAGAUAUCCAAGGACUAAAGUACCUCGAAGCCGUGAUGCGGGAGGCAAUGCGCAUCCACCCAGGCGUUGGUCUUAUGAUUGAGCGUAUUGUCCCGAAGGGCGGAUUUAGUCUUCCUGAUGGUCGAUUCGUUCCUGAGGGCACGGCCGUAGGAAUGAAUCCGUGGGUUAUUAAUAAGAAUGAAGAAGUCUUUGGUGAGAAGACUGAUAAGUUCAUUCCGGAGCGUUGGCUUCAGCGUCCCGAGGAGACGGAUGAGGCUUUCCAGACGCGUUUCUCAAAGAUGAAGGCAUCUGACUUUGGGUUUGGGGCUGGGUCGCGUGCUUGUUAUGGGAGGUACUUAUCGCAGUUUGAGAAUUAUAAGCUCAUUGCGACGCUUUUUAGCUCCUUUGAUAUGGAGUUGCCGAGUCCGGAUCAUGAGUGGCAGAUUAUUAACUCGUGGUUUGUGAGACAGAAGGAUAUUCCUGUUCGGCUGACGGAGCGGACGGAUAAGAUGGUAUCUGUUUGA